AUGGCGGCUAUAACCAUAGCCGAACUCGCCGACUUUUUCAGUCGUGCGUGCCCCGACGUUUGGGCGACCUUUCUAGCGCAACGCCAAACGCCCGCUGCUGAACGUCCGACCGUGUUGGUAGACGACCCUAUGUCGCCCAGCACCGGACCCGCGACCCCCGCGUCCGUAGAAACGCUUUAUGACGUAGGAUCCCCCGCGCCUUCUGCGCUCUCUACUCGGGGGCCGUCCCCGGCGUUCUCGGACGCCGAGACGGGCUCCGAAAUGGAGUUCGACGUCGCGAAACCCGCCAUGCCCGAUGACGAAGGCUUCACCGUAGUCUCGGGAAAAAAACGUAAACGUCCCGCCGCGAAAAAGGGCGCCGAGCCUCACUCGGCCCCUUCGUCCCCGUCGUCGUCACCUAACGCCACUCCGGCUAAAAAGACCGCGCCUUCAGCGCGCCCUAAAAUCGCCAAAAUCGCGAACUCUGAACCCGCCGCGGUGCGCAAGGAAAAACCGCCGCCCCCGAUCAUCCUUCAGGAUAAAUCCCGAUGGAGCAACCUUUCGCAUUGGAUUGACUCCAAAAAAAUCUUCUGCCCAAAGGUCCACAAUGGUGGCCAGGGCAUACGCAUCCACGUCUCAACGACUGAUGACUUCCGCGCUUUAACUGCGCAUCUUAAAGCUCAGAAACUGAGCUUCCAUACUUACGCCCUUGCGGAAGAACGCAACCUCCGCGUAGUCGUUCGCGGGCUCCCUAAGGAGCUCGAAACCGAGCACAUUUUAAGCGAUCUUAAAUCGCAGAAUCUCCCGGUUAGGGAAGUGCACAGAAUGCACCACCCCACCGACAAAAAAAGAUACCUAGACCUUUGUCUAGUUAUCUUAGACCUGUCCCCGGAAGGGAAAGAAAUUUACAAUAUUCGCCGAAUCUGUAAUCUCACUGGGAUUACGGUAGAGGCCCCCCGUAAUAGGGGCAUCGUUGGUCAAUGCCACCGAUGCCAACUGUAUGGCCACUCGGCCAAAAAUUGCUAUGCGAAACCUAGAUGCGUUAAGUGUCUAGGUGACCACGGCACACCCGAGUGCACCCGAACGCCCGAGUCUGAAGGCCCUCCGAGCUGCGUUCUGUGCGGCGAAGCGGGACACCCAGCGAACUAUCGCGGGUGUACCAAAGCGCCGCGUAGAAAGUGGCGCGGAGGCGCAAACCGGCGCGGACGAGCGGCUAGCGCUAGUAGGUCCCGUCCUAGGCAACAUGCCCCAUCAUUAGCACCGAUCUCGGUGUCUCAACCCGCGCCCCCUCAGCCUCACACCAAACCCGCCCCCGCUAAAGGGUCUUCCGGGCAAGGUGUAAGCUCAUCGGUGCCUUCAGCACCCGCGUCGAACGCAUGGGUUAAGCCCCCGGCGAUUGUUAGCGCGGCCGCCUCACGGCCAGCGCCCUCUCUCCAGGCUCAAAAGCCCAAACUUGCCCCUCAGGCAUCUUCUACCUUCGCUGCUGACUUCUCGUUAGUCUGCAGCUUCUUCAACAAUAUUAAUGUUGCCGAAGUGUCUUCCCUGGCCCGUAAACUACGCGAGGCCAAAUCCGCUCAAGAUAAGCUCAAUGCCACCAUUGAGCAUAUCAAUCUCAUCGACGCGAUCGGUUCAUUCCAAUGCGCCUAA